AUGGUUUGGAUGGUGCUUGGCGUAUCAUCUGCUACAACAUCUAUCCAAUCCAACGCUUGCGCCUCAAUAUUGGGAACACAUGGUCUUUGCGCCGCUGUUCUGCGUCCUGCGCCUAGUGCACCCAUGCACACCGAUUUCCUCGAAAGUGAAGAUGGAUACAACAGACAGACCCGUCCUAGUCUGUAG